AUGGCGCUGACAUUGUCCCAACUGCGAAAGAUGGCGCCCAACUGGUCACUCUUGCAGCCGGACAGUCUGGUCAGUGCGGAGACACUGCUGUCCGUGGAACAAGUUCCCGAUGUCUUGAAGGAGCCCUACAUUUUCACCGGCUACAGGCCCAUGGGUCGACCCUGGAAGUAUUACUGUUUGUUAGAUCUUCACAACGAAUCGGUCAAUAUUUGGUCACACACGAUUGGUUUCUUUCUGGUGUUGCUACGCCUGGUGCACUUCUUUAGUGACCUCGACCUGCUGCAGGACAAGGUGGCCUGGCCAGCGCUGGGGUUCGGCCUGUCCUGUCUACUCAGCUUGACCCUCAGUGCUGCAGCCCAUCUCCUUCACUCAAGGUCAAGAUGGCACCACUUCCUGUUCUUUCUCAUGGAUUACAUGGGCGUCACCUUCUACUCCUUCGGAACGGGUAUAAUCAGCAUGUUUACCUGCUCCUCCAGGGGCUACCACGACGCGCUCCACGGCUGGUUUCUGCCCGCCAACGUCUUCUUUAGCUGGUUGUCUUUCUUCGUCUGCUGCAUCGCAAAAACGCAUCUAUCCCAUGAUAAUGGUCGGGGGGUUUCCAUGGGUGGGCUGGGCCCGGGUUUUUUCCCUCCGCUGGGUCAUGGGUCUGGAUUUUCUCAUCCGGCUGGGUCAUGGGUCUGGAUUUUCAUCCGGCUGGGUCAUGGGUCUGGAUUUUCUCAUCCGGCGGGUCUGGGUCGGUUUUUUCAUCCGGUGGGGCAUGGGUCGGGGUUUUUUUAG